AAGAAACAUGAAAAUAUUUGAAGUAGUUUAUAUUUUGAUUACUCGAAGGUCGAUAAAUUGACGGAAUACGAUAAACUUGGACUAUUUUUUUAAUUAUUAAAAACGAUAAAUUUUAAUUUUAACUAACUCAUUGUUCAUGAACAAAUAUGAAAUUCAAAUAUGAAAUUAGGGUUUCGUUGGUUAUCAAUGGACGAUAAGAAAACAAGAAAUUUUUAAAGAAAGCAUAAACGACGUCUGUUAAACAUUCCGUAGUAAACUGAUACUCAUUUACAAGUGAACAUAUAUUUUUUCUAAUCACAAUAUAAAUAUUUUAUACAUUUUGAAAAACAAGAUUCAGCACUAUACCAAGAUUAUGUUUUAGAAGAAAACUUAAACAUCAAUAAAUUAUCGACUAAAACUGUAAUAUAUUGAUAUUAUAAGAGUUGACGGGUGAUGAUAAUCGUUCCCUCAAAGAAUGGAUUUUUGCAAGUCAACUUUAAUAUUGCAACUCUACUUGGAAUCAAGAAUAUAAAAAUUAAAAUAUGAAAUAUUAUAAUAACAGUUCUAUAAAAUCAGACAAGGAUGUUACAGAAUAUUACACAAUUUAUAUUAUUUCUCAGGUUUUUGGAUUAGUAUUUUUAUUAGCACUAAUCAGCUGGGUUUUAUUAUAUCAAGGAGGAUAUGGAUUUAGUUUAGACACAACAUUUAGUUGGCAUUUUACAUGUAUGAGUAUUGGGUUCAUUUAUUUAUUUUCAAAUUCUAUUCUCUAUUUUCGAACAUUUCGCAAUAAAAAAAAAUCUACACUAAAAUAUUGCCAUUCAAUAUUUAACGUAAUAGUUUUAUUGGUUGUAUUAAUUGGAACAUACAGUGUAUUAACUCCACAUUUUUAUUCCGCUCAACCUUCACCAUAUUUUACCAGUUUGCAUAGUUGGGUAGGAAUUUCUACUAUUUUGUUGUUCUUAAUUCAGCUCAUAUGUGGCAUUAUCUCAUUUUUGUAUCCAGGGGUAUCAGAAAUGUACAAAACAUCUAUACUACCUUAUCACAUGUUUUUUGGAUUAUUGACCUUUGGAUUAGCAGUUGUGACAGUUACCAUAGGAAUUAGUGAACAAGAAUCGUCGGCUUCAAGUACGAAUAAUUUUAUUCCAGAAGGCGUACUAUUGAAAAUUAUUGGACUUUUGGUAUUAAUUUAUGCGUCAAUGGUUGCUUAUUUAGCAACAAAACCAGAAUAUAAAAGAAUAGCUAGUUCAGAACAAAUAACUUUACUAACAGGCACUUCAAAUUAAUAAUAUUUGGAAAAAAAUAGAAGUUCUUGCAUAGUCUUUGUGCGUAUUGUAAACUGUAUGGAAAAAUAAAAUUUUUGUUAAAAUUUAAAAAA